GGCGGCCCGACUGGCGCCGGCAACGGUGCUCGGUUCGGUCACGCCUCGAAGCCGUCGAACAGCGACACGGGCUUCUCGCAUGGCGCCUUCACCUCCAACAUCACUGGAUUCGGUGACAGGCACCCGCGCAGGGGCAACAACAUUCCUUCGAUCAAUACUGGCCAGAUGAACCAGGCGUCCGCGCCAACCAACGUCCAUGACAUGACCACGCCUGGCACUGGCUUUGACAUGCAGUUUACUCCUCUGCUCCCGUCGCAGCUCCUGCUCGGAAGCCCCUUCCAGCCUGGUACUCCUGCUGCUUUCGGUAGCCCUCAGUUCCAGAGCAUUGCCGCUUUCCAGCAGGCUCAGCAGAAUAGCCAGCAGCAACAGAAUGGCAUCUCCAGCCCGAUCCAACAGACCAUGUCUUCCCAGUCGUACCCUACUGUGGUUUCGCCGUCGACCUACGGUGCGCCACAGUACUUUGCGCCUCAGUCGCCUACCAACUACCAUGGUGCUGUUGGUGCUCAGCUUCAGAUGCAGCCGACUUCCCCUACCAUGGGCGCUGGGAUCAUCACCGGGACCAGCCGCACUGUCUACCUGGGUAACAUCCCCCCGGACACAUCCGCUGAGGAGAUCCUGGGCCAUGUCCGCAGUGGACAGAUCGAGUCUGUCCGUCUUCUGCCCGACAAGAACUGCGCCUUCAUCUCGUUCCUCGACGCCAACGCCGCAACCCACUUCCACUCGGAUGCAAUUCUGAAGAAGCUUUGCAUCAAGAGCCAGGACGUCAAGAUUGGUUGGGGCAAGCCUUCCCAGGUGCCCACCUCGGUUGCUCUUGCUGUACAGCAAUCUGGUGCAUCCCGCAAUGUCUAUCUUGGCAACUUGCCCGAGGACAUUACCGAGGAGGAGUUGCGCGAGGACCUGGGCAAGUUCGGCGCGAUCGACACCAUCAAGAUUGUCCGUGACAAGAACAUUGCAUUCGUCCACUUCUUGUCCAUUGCCAACGCCAUGAAGGCUGUUCAGCAGCUCCCCCAGGAGGUCAAGUGGCAGGCGCCUCGCCGCGUCUACUACGGCAAGGACCGCUGUGCCUAUGUGUCCAAGACUCAGCAACAAAACGCUGCUCAAUACCUUGGCAUCGCCCCGGGCUAUGCUCACAUGCUGACUGGCCAGGACCGGGACGUCAUCUCGAACGCGCUCGCCCAGCAGUCUGUUGCUGCCGCCGCUGUCGCUACCACCGCUGGUGGUAUCAACAACCUCGGGAACCGCACCAUUUACCUGGGCAACAUUCAUCCAGAAACGACCAUCGAGGAGAUCUGCAACGUUGUCCGAGGUGGACUUCUUCACCACAUCCGCUAUAUCCCUGACAAGCACAUUUGCUUCGUGACUUUCAUCGACCCAACGGCGGCUGCCUCUUUCUAUGCCCUGAGCAACCUGCAGGGUCUGAUGAUCCACAACCGCCGUCUCAAGAUCGGCUGGGGUAAGCACUCUGGUGCCCUUCCUCCGGCCAUCGCCCUGGCUGUCAGCGGCGGAGCUUCCCGCAAUGUCUACAUUGGCAACCUCGAUGAGACUUGGACUGAGGAGCGCCUCCGCCAAGACUUCUCCGAGUUUGGUGAGAUCGAGCUCGUCAACACUCUCCGUGAGAAGAGCUGCGCCUUUGUCAACUUCACGAACAUUGCCAACGCCAUCAAAGCAAUUGAAGCCAUUCGCGGAAAGGAUGAUUACCGGAAGUUCAAGGUCAACUUCGGCAAGGACCGCUGUGGAAACCAGCCUCGCCAGAUGCAGCAACAACCUCAGCAACAGCAGGCUCAGUCUCCGAGGGACAGCAUUCCCUCGCCCCCUCCUGGGGUCAAUGGCAGCGGCAACUCUCCGACCAACCCUACGUCCCCGCAGGCGAUCAACAACGCCGCUCUGUUUGCCAACGGCAACCCGCUGACCCUUUAUCUCAACCACGUCGCUCACCAAGCGCAGCACCAGCAGCAUCAGCAGCACCAGCUCUUGGCUUCUCAGCAAGCCGCUCUGUUCGGCACUGCUUCAUCUUCCCCCAACGAGAUCACUUUGGAGGUGCCACCCCAGAGCCACAGCCUGGGCCACAGCCAGUCUGCUAGCAUUUCCAAUGGACUCUCGAUGAACGCCCCCGUCUCUGGUGCGACCACCAUCGGCGGCCUGCUUGCUCCUGGCAACGGUCGCGGUUCGCACAACCGUGCUGUCAGUCUCCCUGCCUUCGCCCCUGGCUUCGAGAACGGCAGUAACAGCCCGGUCAGCGCUAUCGGUACCGGUCCUGAUGGCGAGCGCCGUGGUCACCAGUACCAGUCCAGCUUCGGCGGCAUUGGAUCCGGAUUCGGCCUGGCCAUUCAGGGUGGACUGAAUGGCUGGGUUGAAGAAGAGGUCGCCAACUAA